AUGAGCCCUGACUUGCAAAAGAUAUUAUGGGACCUUCCACUAUCAACUCAUGAGCACCAUGCUCCUCCAGUGUUGCCUUUGUGUUAUGGAAUGCCAAUCAUCAUACGAUACAAUAUUGCAACUGAACUCAAUAUCACCGAAGGGCAGCAAGGAACGGUUCACUCAUGGCACAGUAAAAAAGGAAAGUCAGGACAAAAUGUAUUGGAGGUACUAUUUGUCGAACCGGAUAAUCCUCCAUCUCCUGUAAAGUUAGAAGGUUUACCUCUCAAUGUUGUUCCACUUGUAAGAAGGGAAAACAAGGGGCACAUUACACUUCCUGAUGACACUAAAAUCAAUAUUGCCAGAAAUCAGGUUGAUGUUUUACUGGGAUUUUCAAUGACAGCUCACGCAUCACAAGGUCAGAGCCUAUCUGUAAAUACUGCAGAUUUAAAUACACUCGGGGGCCACCAUGCUUAUUAUACAGCAUUGUCCUGCAGCAGGAGCUACCAUAACACUGCUAUCUUGCAGGGCUUUGAUCCAAAAUUUAUAACAGGAGGGGCCUCGGGCGCACUUCAAAAGGAAUUCCGGGAUCUGGGAAUUCUAGAUGAGAUUAUGAGGUUGAGAUAUGAGAAAAAAUGUGAUUCAUUAGUACAAGGGUCAACCCGCUGA